GCUGCUGAAGUGUAAGCCUGGAGUAGAGGCGUCAGAUCCGGCCACAAUACAGUCGAGGGAAAGACGGUGCAGUCGCGUGGCGUGUUUGGGUGGACACACAGGCACCGCACUCACACGGGCGCUUUGGGGAAUUUCGUUGGCGAUAAACCUCUCCUCUGGGACAGGUUACCUGGAUUUUUUACUUUCUUCUGAUUACUUGCCUCUGCUGAGGGUUUUAAAAACCCGGUUAGCACGUGUGUGUUCAGCAAGUUUUUAUUUCGGUAUGAAUUGUGCGGAUUUUCUAUCAGGAAUGGCCGUGUGGAGGUGUGUGUUGGUGAUGAUGGUGCUACAGACGCUUAGGUCGGUGGUCCAUGUGGCGGGCCAACCGGACAACACUCGGCGGGACUCGACCAGCUGGGUCGUCGGUCUGACGGAUCCGGUCCGCGUACCGGGAGGGCUGAUCCGCGGCCAGCGGGUCCGAUUACGGAACCGAUACCUGGGCCCCGUGGAGCAGUACCUGGGCGUGCCCUUCGCCCGCCCGCCCACGGGGCACCUGCGCUUCCGACCGCCCCAGUCCCCGCCUACGAGCUGGUCCGGAGUGCGGAACGCCACUACCUUCUCACCGGCCUGCCCGCAGGUAGUGCGGACGGCCGAGGGGGAUAUACCAAACUGGAAGAGCGAACCACUCCGGCAUCGCUGGCCCUACCUGCAAGUCAUGGACGAAGAUUGUCUAUACCUCAAUAUCUAUGUACCAGCCAAAGUGCGACAGGCAGCUGUGCCACUUUAUGAUACUGCCAAUUGCCAAAACAUCCACCCAGUUGGAUAG